ACAUUACAAAACCCACAACAAAAGAAAAGCUUCACUAGUCCUAACUCUUAAAACUUAGUUCAGCCUAAGAACACAAAAACUUUUGUAAAAAUGGUUGACGACACCCGAAACACCCUUUUCGUCUUCCGACCAGACCAGCAGGCUCUUGCACCUCAAUCUCGGACUCCAUUCUCAGCCGUGACAGCGCACCGUGCCACAGCCAUACGACGGUGCCGCCUCAUGAUCUCUGUCACAACCCUAGAAAUGAUCCUUGAGGAAGAGAUAACACCAGAAGAAGGUCAUCCAAACAUUACCCCUGCGAUGGAUUCUCUUGCGGUGACCUCUUGUUUCUAGGACAUCAAGAAACAAGUUUCUUUUCUGUUUAACCGAAGCUGCAAGUACUCUUGAUGAUCUUCACCACAAAUAUUAUGAUUUUCCUGUAAUAGUUAAGUUAGUGUCUCAUGCCGUUUGUGGGUUUGUUUUCAGAAGUCUCUUCAAAUUUUCUUCUUUUGUAGUUUCCACCGGAUAAUAAUUAAUCUUGUGAAACUGUUGUUUGAAAAUAUGUUCUUAUUGGUUUCACAACCGAAAGAACAUAUUUUUUUGUUGAAUUAAUAAGAAUUUACUUCUGUC